UGUAAAUAUUUAUUUAUUAUGGCUGAAAUAAAUAAUAAAAAAUAUGAAAUAUCAAUGAAUAAUGAUGAAAAAGAAAAAUUACAACCGUUACAAAAUAUAAAAGAACCGGUGAUUGUUACAACAAUCGAUUCAGAGUUAAAAGUUAAGAAUAAGAAAUUUGUUGAAAUUGCCGCAACAAUUAGUGGUUCAUUAACAAAAUUCUCAACUGGAUUAAUAGUCGGCUGGUCUUCACCAUCUCUACCAAAAUUAAGAGCCGCUGAUUCUCCUGUACCAAUCACAAGUGCUCAAUCACCAUGGGUUGCAGGAGCAAUGCAAUUAGGAACUCUACCAUCAGUAUUUUUAAUGGCUGCUACCGUUGAUGUAUUUGGUCGUAAACGUGGUAUAUUAUUCAGUGCUAUACCAUUAAUUAUAUCAUGGAUAUUAAUCGCUCAAGUUACCUCAUUCGAAGCCUUGUUUACCGCACGUUUUAUUGGUGGCUUAGGCUCUGGUUAUGGUAAAAUAGUAAUUGGAACCUACAUUGGUGAAAUAGCACAACCAUCAAUACGUGGUGCUUUAGGAACAUUUAUGGGAAUUACAUAUGUGCUAGGAGUGUUAACCUCGUAUUCAGUAGGACCAUUAACAACAAUUAGUGAAUUCGCUUAUAUUAGUACAAUAAUUCCUGUUGCACUGUUUGUAACUUUUAUGUGGAUGCCAGAAACACCAUAUUUCUAUUUGAUGCGUGGUAAAAAUGAAAAAGCACGUGAAACUUUAGAGAAAUUACGUGGACAUACAAUGGUUGAUGAAGAAUUAACACGUAUGGCGAAAGGAAUACAAAAAAAAGUUCCAUUAAUGGUAGCUUUUAAGAAAUUAAUUUCGGAGCGGAAAAAUCGUCAACCGUUAUAUGUAAUUUGUAUAUUAUUCUUUUCGAUACAAGUAACUGGCAAAAUGCCUAUUUUAUCGUAUUGUCAAAAUAUUUUUGAGGAAAGUGGUGGAAGUAUAUCCCCAUAUUGGGGCUCGAUUAUAACAUGUUUUAUUCAAUUAGCUGCGCUAAUUAUCUCAGUAUUUAUUAUUGAUAAAAGUGGACGAAGAUUUUUGUUAAUAUCCUCGUGUAUAGGAUGCGCCAUCUCAUUAGGUGUAUUAGCAAUAUAUCUCUUUUGUAAAGAACAUUUAAAACAAAAUGUUGACACAUUUAAUUGGAUUCCAUUAUGUUCAUUAAUUUUGUAUAAUUUUGUUUUUAACAUUGGAUUAGGGAAUGUACCAUUUAUAAUGGUUGGUGAAUUAUUUGCAAAUGAUGUAAAAUCGAUUGCUGUAUGUGUUACAAGUUUAUGUUUACCGAUUUCGUCGAUUACGAUGUUAAAAUUCUUUCAAGUAAUGACGGACGCUUAUGGAAUGUAUACUAGUUUUGCGUUCUUUUCAGUUAUAUCAAUUUUAUGUACAAUUUAUUGUUAUUAUUGUGUACCUGAGACAAAAGGUAAAUCUUUAGAAGAAAUUCAAGCGUUUUUUAUGAAGAAAAAGUGAAGUACGAUUUAGAAAAUUAAAGAAUGGAUACAUUUCCUUUACACGGUUAUUUAAUUUAAAUGGAGUUUAGUUCUUCAAAAAAACGUAUAUUGAAAAUAUAAAUAAGGCGCAAUUAUUUUUGAUACGAAGGUUUAGUUCUAACCUUCAUGGUUUUGACGAAGAUUGGAAAUGGUCUACUGCAGAUAUGUACCACCAGAUGACUGGUGAUACAUUGUUAUUAAUGAAAUUUUUUUUCUGUAUUUGUUUAAGUGUACAGGCCAUAACCAAUUUUAUUUUUAAAAGCGUGGAUCCAGAGACACAAUAAAAUAAUUAUUGUUAGUGGUUAGCAAAUCACUUGCAGCCCAUAGAUGUAGUGCAUUAUACAGUUGGAUAGCACGUAGCUAGAAUAAUUGUGGCCCAAAUAAUACAACAAUCGGGUUCCUUUAAUGCAUGGAUGAGUAGUUUCUUAAAUAUCUUCUACUAGCUGAGAACUACCCGCUUUGCUGGGCAACAUUGCGACUCCCCCCAUAUCUCCUGUGUAGGGGUUGUAGUGUACAC